AUGAACAAGCAAUCUAGCAAAUGGACCGAAUUUGCACUCGGAUAUGUCAGCAAUGUGAUUGAUAUCAUGCAUACAUUCAUCCUGAAAGUCCUUCUAUUCAUAUGCCCGGAAGAGCAAAUCCGCGAUAAGUUGGUGAAUGUGCUCGUUGAUGAACUGUCCAAGAGAUACAAGGAAGCGAUGGACCAGGCUCAGAUGAUUUUCGAUGUCGAGCGCAUGAAUCUGAUGACUCUGGACAACAAAUUUCAUAGAAAUCUCUCAAGAACCCAAAGCAAAAGCCACCGGGAGCAGUAUGAGGUUGUGAAUGGUAAGACAAAAUCACUAAUGAGCAACACCCAGCGGACCGUCCGCUACAUCCAUGAUAUCCUGGCAGCGUACUACGCAGUGGCAUCCAAGCGGUUCGUCGACAAUAUCUGCAUGCAAGCUACUGGCUACUGUCUGCUCACCGGGCCACGCAUGCCGCUUGGGCUUUUCUCGCCCCAGUUUGUUGCGGACCUGGCGGAAGACCAGUUAGUGUAUAUUGCGGGGGAGAAUGCGGUGCUGAGGCGGAGACAUACGCAGCUGAAGAAAGGGAUCCAGGACCUGGAAACUGGCCGAAAGAUUAUGAUGUAG